GAAGAGCUGGCGAUCAGGGUAGAGGAGAGAGUCACAGAGGAGAUUAGAAGUCCUGCAAAUUGCAAUCAGCGCGUUCUAGUGUUACUUCUCGCAGAAGAUUGUGAAGGGGGAAAAAGAGAGAGAGAGAAGGAUUUUGGUGGAGAAGAAUAUUUAGUGGGAGGAAGGAAAAAUUUUAUAUGUUAAAGAGAAAUACCGCGGCGAUUGCAGCGAUAAUAAGAAAUCAUUGACGGGUUUCGUGAUAGCUUUGUGCUGAGUUGAUACUCGAAAAUCAAUAUCUUCACGUAACCAAUUCGAAUUAUCCUCGCUGCUUCGUUCAAGAUUCCCACCUUGGCUUUUGAUCGAAAUCAUUCUCGUGUUAAUUUGGUUAAUAUUGCUCUUCUUGCUUUUUCCCUCCUUGAAUUCCAGUUUCUUGUGAUGGAGUGGGGGUGUGGUGGAGGCUUAAUCUGGGAUUGAUGCGGAGCUUCUAUUUGGGGCUGUGACCUUUGGUCUCUUUUUGGCAUUUUGAUUGUUGGCUGGUGAUAAAAGGAAUUUCACUCUCAUCGUCAUUGCUGGUGGGCCUCAUUUCGUUUUGGGGGUUGAUUUCAUCUAGGGUUUUGAUAAGAUCGAAGGCCAAGGUUGGUGUUUUCCCACGAAAAUCUCUGUUGGGUAUAUUGGAAGUGGAACUAUCAUUGCAGUAUUUUGCUCUGGGUUGAUAAUAUAAAUUUCAUAUAUCGUGAAGUGCUUUCACUCUGCCGAUUGGUGGUCUUAUUUGCGAAUUCAAUAAUCUGGGAAUUCACCAAGCUCUGAAUCCGUUAAAAAGGUUAGACUAAAUUGCUUGGUGUUCUUUCAGUUCAAGUUGACAAUCAGCCAUGAGUUCUAGUGUUACUGGAAGCUUGGUCUAUGAAGGCAAGCUUCUAGUUCAUAUUGCUGAGAAUGGACGCUCAUAUGAGUUGAGCUGUGAUGAAACCACGCUUGUUGAGGCCGUCAUGCGGCGUAUUGCAUCAGAAACAGGGAUUAGUCUCAAUGAUCAACUUGUUCUCUGUCUGGAUACGAAGCUUGAAUCACAGAGGCCUCUAUCUGCAUAUAACCUUCCAUCUGAUGACAGAGAAGUGUUCAUAUUCAAUAAAGCUAGACUUCAGACCAACUCACCCCCUCCACCAUCAGAACGAGUGAAUAUCCAUGAUAAUUUGGAGCCCUCACUACCAUCCUCCUCUCGUGAUCCCCACCCUCUGGAUGAUGCGUCUGACCCUGCUCUGAAGGCUUUACCUUCGUACGAGAGGCAAUUCAGAUAUCAUUACCACCGGGGGCAAGCAAUUUACAGCCAUACCAUACUGAAAUACGAUCAUUGUGAGAGGCUUUUGAGGGAACAGAUGGUUCAAGUGAGAGCACUGGAGAUUGCAAGAGGUAACUUGGAUCAGUUCUAUAGAAUGAUUAACCAAAACUAUGGGGACUUCAUGAAACGUUACAUACAGCAACACCGGAUGCACUCUGAUCUUUUAGUGAAUUUUGUGAGGGAUGCUGAGAAAUUAAAAUCCAUCAAACUUCAUCCUGCGUUACAGACUUCUUCUCGCAAAUGCUUACUGGAUUUUGUGAAGGAGGAGAACUUGCGUAAGACAGUGGAGAAUUGCAAAAGCUCUCACAAGCAGUUUGAGAAUAAAGUUUCACAAUUUAAGCAGACAUUUGGAGAAGUGAAGCGCAGGGUUGAGGAAUUGUUGUCUGGUAGAGCUUUUCUGCCCAUUAAGAAUUUAGAACAAUCAAUAAAAGAAAAUCAGAGAUAUUUAACUGAACAAAAGAGUAUAGUGCAAUCUCUGAGUAAAGAUGUUAAUACAGUAAAGAAACUGGUGAAUGAUUGUCUGUCUGGCCAAUUAUCAUCCUCACUUCGACCUCAUGAUGCAGUUUCAGCCUUGGGCCCUAUGUAUGAUGUUCAUGACAAGAAUCACUUGCCUAGGAUGGAGACUUGUCAUGAUGCUAUUUCUGAGCUCCUUCGCUUUUGCCAGGACAAGAAGAAUGAAAUGAACAUGUUUGUGCAUGAAUACAUGCAAAACAUAACUUAUGUUUCCUAUCUCAUCAAAGACCAGAAGCUACAGUUUCCUGUCUUCAAAGAGGCCAUGGUUCGUCAGGAUGACUUGUUCAUGGAUUUAAGGUUGUUCCAUGGUAUUGGUCCUGCAUAUAGGGCUUGCCUUGCGGAAAUUGUGAGACGAGAGGCCUCUAAGAAGCUGUACAUGGGCAUGGCAGGACAACUGGCUGAGAAGCUUGCUAGAAAGCGGGAGGUUGAGAUCAGGAGAAGGGAGGAGUUUUUGAGAGCACAUAGUUCAUGCAUACCUAGAGAAGUCUUGGCAUCUAUGGGCUUAUUUGACACCCCUAGCCAAUGUGAUGUCAAUAUAGCUCCAUUUGAUGGUGGUCUGCUUCAUAUUGACAUAUCAGAUGUGGACUUUUAUGCUCCUGAGUAUCUGACUGGGAUUGCUUCCAAGCUUGAGAAGCAUGGAAGCUUCAAAGGUUCAUCUGCUUUGUCAGGUGAUAGUUCUCUGUCAGCUGAGGCUGGAGGCAUUCCUGCUGACUCCAUUGAGAGAUAUGAUUCUGAUGAGUUCCUUGAUGGCAGUGACUUGGUAGAAAUUGCUGGGACUAGCAAGAUGGAAGUUGAGAAUGCAAAACUGAAAGCUGAGCUUGCUUCUAGCAUAGCCUUAAUUUGUUCUCGCUGUCCUGAGAUAGAGUAUGAGGUACUGGAUGAUGAAAGGCUGGAUAAAAUACUGAAGAAUGCUGCGGAGAAGACAGCUGAAGCCCUGCACUUAAAAGAUGAAUAUGCUAAACACGUUCAAUCCAUGCUUAAAAUGAAGCAUAUGCAGUGUGUCUCCUAUGAGAAACGUAUCCAAGAAUUGGAGCAGAAAUUGUCUGAUAAGUAUGUGCAAGGGCAAAAUAUUUCCAGUGUAAAUGAUGCAGCUGACUUUGCCCUUCUGGCCGAGAAGGCAAAUAACUGCAAACCAGAAUAUGUGAGUGGUGAAACCCACAUGCCUUGCGUAUCCACAACUGAGCCCAUGGAUGAGAUUUCAUGCAUCUCAAAUUCUUUGAAUGCAACACUUGGCAGCCUGUUUACUGCUCAUACAGGCAAAGAUUUAGAUCUUGGUGUAGAUGAAAAUAUGUUGGAUUCCUCUGGAGUGCAAAACUCACAAUUGGAUUCAUCUAUGGUGGAGCCUCCUCGUGAAGAAGUGCAAGGUGUGGAUGAAGAUAGGAAAGAGAAAAUAGUGGGGCAAUUGGGUAUGUCACUAACAAACAGUUCAACUGCUGAGAGCAUGCCUUUGCCUCAGGACCUUGUACCUUGUGAUUCAGUAGCUCCUUCAGACUUGGAUUCCAAAGUUAAUGAUGAUAAGUUGUUGGAGCUACAAAGUGCAAUUGCAGACAAGUCUAAACAAUUAAAUGAAGCUGAAGCUCAGCUUAAAGCCGGUCAGGAGGAGGUUGCUGCCCUUAGAGCGGAGUUAGAAGCAAGUCGAAAGCUCCUUGAUGAAUCUCAGAUGAAUUGUGCUCACUUGGAGAAUUGCUUGCAUGAAGCAAGGGAGGAAGCUCAAACACAAAAAAGUUCCGCCGAUAGAAGAGCCUCAGAGUAUGCUUUGCUGCGUGCAUCUUUUCUGAGAAUGCGCAGCCUUUUUGAGAGACUUAAAAGCUGCGUUUAUUCUCCUGGCGGUGUGGCUGGUUUUGCUGAUCUCUUGCGUGGUUUAGCACAGUCAUUAGCCAGUUCCACUAAUGAUAGAGAUGAUGAUGAUUUAGCUGAGUUCCGAAAAUGCAUUCGUGUGUUAGCUGAUAAAGUCAGUUCCUUGUCGAGGCACCGUGAAGAGCUGCUUGAGAAGUACUCUAGAAUUGAAGCUACAAACGAACAGCUUCGGAAGGAACUGGAGGAGAAAACGGAUCAGGUCAAAACUUACUAUAAUAAGCAUCAACUGGAGAAGCAGGCAAAUAAAGAAAAGAUUUCUUUUGGUCGUCUAGAAGUUCAUGAGAUUGCUGCCUUUGUCCACAAUUCAGCUGGGCAUUACGAGGCUAUUAGUAGAACCUGCCCUAACUACUAUUUAUCUUCCGAAUCUGUGGCCCUCUUUGCUGACCAUCUUCCAAGCCGGCCUAACUAUAUUGUUGGACAGAUUGUGCAUAUUGAGCGCCAAAUUGUGAAGGCUCGGCCCGUUACGUCGGUUCGGACUGAGCAGAGCAGAGCUGAUCAACUGAUUUCUGACAUGGGGCCGGACCGGUUGAGUCUGAAUUCAGGAUCAACUUCAAACCCAUACGGUCUCCCUGUUGGCUGUGAAUAUUUUGUAGUGACAGUAGCAAUGUUACCCGAUACCAUCAUUCAUUCAGCAUCCCCUUCCUGAUCCAUCCUGCUUUAUCCUGGCAGCAGAUAAGACGUGAUGGAAGAAGAAGAAUUCAAUUGUAAAUAAACUUGACAUUUCAGAGGUGAAAUGUUCUUCAUGGGAGUUGAACUUGUUAACCUUCUGUACAGGAUGAUCCAAAUUCUGUUUAAGUCUCCUCUCCUUGUACAUAUUUCUUCCUGUCGUGAUUAUCUAUUAGAUGUGAAUAUUAUAUAA